AUGAAGGUUAUAUACGAAUUUAAAAAUGAAAAUUAUGAACUCCUUUUUAGUGAGCAAAAUAUCGACAAAAAUAUUAUUGAGGUGAUUGAUAAAAAUUGUGAUAAAUGUAAGUAUAAUGAACUGGAUCUUAACAAAGAAAUAAACGUAGAUUUGUUGAAUUUCCAACAAUAUAACCUUUUGAAUGGCAAAAAAAAAAAAAAAAAAGAAAAUACAGAGGAAAACGAUGCAGAAAAGGAAACCAAAAUAAAUGGUAGCAUUACAAAAAAUCUUUCCGAUGAUAAUAACUAUAAAGAAAUUCUUUUGAAAUGUAAGCAGUAUUUUGAGGAAAAUGGAUAUAUAGUUGACAAUGGAAAUUUAUAUGGAGCUGAAUAUGUAUUAUAUUUAACAGAUAAAAAAUAUACACAUUCAAUAUACAUUGUUUAUUUCAUAAAAGAAAAUGACAUUUUAAGAGAUUUGAUUAAAAUAUUAAGAAUUUCACAUAGUAUAAAAAAAAACGUUAUCCUAAUUUUGGAAAGAAAGACUGAUAUUUUUGACCUACAUAAUAAUAUUGUUUAUGUAAAACUUUAUUCAUAUAAAUAA